AUGUCAAAUGGUGAACUGUUAAAACGAAUCAGGGAGAAUCUUAAUCAUGAUAUUUUGGAAGAAAUUUUUCGUUAUGUCAUCGAGCCAGUUCGUAGAUUCGAUGAAUUUGAUAGUCUGGGAUAUAAGGAUUUAUUUAAUUGUAUUUUAGUGAAUAGAGAAUGGUGUAGUGCAGCAGUAAUCCAACUUUGGAAACAACCAUUUACUAAAACUCAUUCGAAGCAUUGGUUUAAUAUCAUUGAUGUGUAUUUAUCUUGUAUGAACAAUGAACAGCUACAAAUACUCAAAGAUUUUGGCCUCUAUAAAGAAAUGCUGUUUACCGUUUGGGAAUGGUGUCGACAAACACAAUCAACUGCUCUUCAGACAUCUACACCAGCCGCAAUUGCACUCGUACGAACGCUUCUUCAAUUAUUUGCCGCGAGUGGUGCCAGAUUAACUUCUGUCAAAAUGGUUCUUCCCGAUCGUAUGGAUCAAAUAAACUACGAUAUUAUUGGAAAAUAUGCAAAAAUCUUGGCGGAACUACAAAUCAGAAACAUAACUAAUCCAACGAAAAACCUGCUUUUAUCUGGAAAUUAUGCGAAUUUCGAUCAGGUGUUUGUAACAUUAUCCAAAUCUUUUACUAAAGUGGUGAGUAUGUCAUAUUUUGCUAUUCGACAUCUUCGUCUUCUUAAACUUCUUAAUUAUUCUUUAGCAAAAUCUGGAUCUUUCUCGGAUCUAGUUUCAUUCACUCUUUCUACAUGUGGUGAUCAUCAAUCUAUGUUCAUGUCGGCGUUGCGUAGUCAAGCAUCUUCAUUACGCUGUGUUACAUUUGUUUUACUGAAUUUUGAGAAUAGCCCACCAUUCGAUGGAUUAGCUGCAUGCACAAAACUCGAGAAAAUCGAGUUUAUUCGUUGCUUUAAUAUUACUGAAAGAGCCGUGGCUCCAUUAUUGUCGACUAAAUUCUCACACUUACGUGAGGUUAAGGUUAUUGUAUUUGGCUCAAGUCAUGGCGUAUGCCCUGAAUUUAGAAAUUGGGCUGAAAAUAUAAAUGAACAAGCGAAGAAUCAAUAA